AGAUACUCGGAGAAGAACACUUGUUCAUUUCAUUCUCGGAGGCUCCCAGAGUCUCUCCGAGUCUCACCGAGAAUUGGCUUGAACAAACCUGUUGUAUCUUGCCUUGUAUCCACUAACUUGUAUGUACAUGUAUGAUAUACACACACACGCAUUUAAACACAUCGGGAUUAGGCCAUUGAAGACACUGAGGUGUGGCAGCCCAUCAGCAAGUAGUAGCACAGUAGCAGUGAGGCUAGCAGUGGGCAGUGUGGGUACUGGGCAGCCAUUUUCUUCAACUGUCGUGUGUAUAACAUAACGACGUAGGUAAAUAUUGACAACAUCAAAGUUCUAUCUUUCAUCAUAAAGAGUUAAGAAACUUGGACCCGAGGUUCGCUUGGACACAGGGCAAUAAGGAAUCCAUCAGAAUUCAUGGCAGCUAUUAGAAAGAAAUUAGUCAUUGUUGGGGAUGGUGCAUGUGGUAAAACAUGCUUGUUAAUUGUGUUCAGCAAGGAUCAGUUUCCAGAGGUGUAUGUACCCACCGUUUUCGAAAACUAUGUGGCUGACAUCGAAGUUGAUGGAAAACAGGUAGAGCUCGCCUUGUGGGAUACUGCAGGUCAAGAGGACUAUGACAGACUUCGUCCGCUCUCCUACCCUGACACAGAUGUUAUCCUCAUGUGCUUCUCCAUUGACAGUCCCGAUUCCCUUGAGAACAUUCCGGAAAAGUGGACACCAGAAGUCAAACAUUUUUGCCCAAACGUACCAAUCAUCUUGGUUGGUAACAAAAAGGAUUUGCGUAACGAUCCAAGUACGAUAAAAGAGCUCAGCAAAAUGAAACAAGAGCCCGUUAAACCUGAAGAGGGCCGUGCCAUGGCUGAAAAGAUCAAUGCUUUUGCCUACCUUGAGUGUUCUGCCAAAAGUAAGGAAGGUGUUAGGGAGGUCUUUGAGACAGCAACUAGAGCUGCUUUACAAGUUAAGAAGAAAAAGAAGACGCGGUGUAGGCUGCUUUAAAGGAUGAUGUAAAAUGGGCCCAAUGCUGAACGGGUAAAAUAAGGAAUUACGGGGCUAGCUGUACCAAAAAGUUAGUCGUCAUGUCAGGAGGCCCUAGCAUAAACUAUAAAAUAUCUUAUCUUUAUUUUUAAUAGUACGAAAGCAAAAAAUAAAGCAGAUACGAAAUGAACAACAAAUAAUAAAAUGAAUAAGGGAAAUCUGGAUGCCCUCAGGAUAGAAUAAACUAAAAAAUUUCAAGAGUGUGCGUAUAUAUAUAUAUACACGCAUAAAAGAGUAUGUACAGUCAGUACAAUUUGUGGAAUUGAACUGCUGACCCUACAAUGGCUAUAUUUACCGUUUUUUAAUUAACUCUAUAUCAUGCAUAUAUUUAGGUUUUAAGGACCGUAACGUUUUACAAUAAUUUUAAAAACAAUAGGAUAAGAUAAUAAGAUUCAAGGGAGAAAAUAAGAACAAAAAGUUUUAAAUGAUCGCCUUGAGCAGCACAGUUUUCUAUGCGAUUUAGUCUAUGUCAUAUUUUUCUUUAAUAAUUAAGAAGUAUACUAUUGUCAUUGUCCUACGUAAUGUAAACAUUUUUUUUUAUUAAAUGAAAAAAUUCAGUGAUUUUUGAUAAACAAAUCUCAUUUAUCUCUCUUUAAGUUUUAGUUUCAUUUCUUUGAAUGAAAAAUCAUUAACAAAAGUUUUUCUUUUCUAAUUUAAUGUGCACUAAAUUUUUGAACUAUACUUUCAGCUAAUUGUGUUGUCUCACUCAAAAUAAUGUCACAUUACAAUAAUUAUAAUAAUUUUUAUCAGAGUAUAAUGUCAAAAAUCGUAGCAGAUAUGCAAAGUACAUGUUUAUUUAAGUUGUCAAGUAAUUCAAAUCUGUUAAAUAAUCUGUUUUGAUAUUAAAAAAGAAUGCUUCAUUGCUAAUCCAGUUAAGGAAGUUUAUUAAAUUAUUUGUAACAACGAUAUACUUUUUCAGUGUUUCAGUGGUGAAAAUCGUUUCAUACAUAUGACUUAAAUAACCAAAGUUUAAAGAGAGAAUCCUCGGCUACUGACUCACUAAAACUAUUCAAAUGUCUAUGAUAGUUAAAACGUUACAUGAUAAACUAUUCAGUUGAUGAUAAAAUGAGUAUUGAUUUCGGUUAUUAUAACUAAAUAAAA